AUGCAACAACAAAAUUCGAACUUCUAUUCGGCAAUUGACCUUGAUGAAGAUGGUUGCAUGCAAAACUUGUUUUGGGCGGAUGCAAGGAGUAGGGCGGCUUAUAAAACAUUUGGGGAUGUUGUCUCUUUUGACACAACCUAUUUGACAAACAAAUAUGAUAUGCCGUUUGCUCCGUUUGUAGUAGUUAAUCACCACGGUCACUCAAUUUUGUUUGGUUGUGGGUUGUUAAGUAAUGAGAACACGAACACAUUUGUUUGGCUUUUCAAAGAAUGGUUAAGUUGGGUGUCAGAUGCUCCCCCAAAAGCGAUAAUAAUUGACCAGUGCAGAGCUAUGCAAAAUGCCAUAGAAAUUAUCUUCCCACAGGCUCGGCAUCGUUGGUGUUUAUGGCAUAUUAUGAAGGAAAUUCCGGAGAAAUUGCAAGGACAUUCACAAUAUGAGUCCAUAAAGGUUGCUUUGAGUAAUACAGUUUAUGAUUCAUUCACAAAAGAUGAAUUUGAGGAAUACUGGGAAGCAAUGAUUGAAAAUUUCAAUUUGAAUGAUAACGAGUGGUUGGGGAUAUUAUACCAUGAGCGACAUAGGUGGAUUCCUGCCUAUAUUAAAGACAUAUUUUGGGCUGGCAUGUCAACUACACAACGAAGUGAGAGUAUGAAUGCAUUCUUUGAUGGAUAUGUGAACUCCAAUACAACCUUAAAGCAAUUUGUUGAGCAGUAUGACAAUGCGUUGAGAAGUAAGGUAGAGAAUGAGACAAAAGCAGAUUUUAAGUCUUGUAAUAAAUUGUAUGAUUGCUUAAUGGUGUAUCGUUUGGAGAAGCAAUUUCGUGCAGCUUACACUAAUUCAAAAUUUAAAGAAGUUCAACUAGAAAUGAAGCGUCUAGUGUAUUGUCGUGCAAAUCUUAUCAAAGAGAAGGGGGCAAUUUGUACCUAUCAUGUGAGGGAGGCUGUUGUUGUGGGUGAGGGGAUGAAGAAAGUGGAAUUUGUUGUGUAUUUUAAUUCAAUUGAAUGUGAGCUCCAAUGUAUGUGCCGGUUGUUUGAGUUUAGAGGUAUUAUGUGUGCCCAUUCACUUUGUGUGCUCAUUGACAGAUCCAUAUAUGAGGUGCCAAAUAAAUACAUUGUUUCGAGAUGGAGAAAAGACUUGGAAAGAGGCUACACAUGCAUUCCAACCACGUACACUAAAAUCGGGGCUGUUCUUAAUGCAAAAUUACAUGAUAAAUACCACAAGAUGUUGGAUGAAAUCCUAGAAAUUGCUUCCAAUGAUGAUGGUAAACACACACUGAUUGAUCUUGGGUUGAUAGAAAUCAAAGAGAGAGUGAGAAAAGAUCAAUCGGGUUGUGCAAGUAAUGUGCCACCUUCAAGUAGCAAUGUAACACCUUGUACUAGUGAUGGACGACCUUCCAAUACUUCCCCCAAAAGUCCGUCUGGUCGUAGUACAACAAAAGCAAUCAUGGCUCGCAAGGUGCUUAGUCCUUUGGUUGCUCGACGAAGAGGCCGUCCAUGUACCAAACGGAAGGGUCGUAAAGUGCCUCAAGGUCAACCUCGCAAGUUACAUUUUCCAUCUACAGAUACUAUGCAAUAUAGUAUGUAUGACACGGUGGCCCUAACUGAACCUUACUAUUUUCCUUGCACAGAUGGCACGCAACAGAGUAUGUAUGUACCGGUUAGCCCAAUGGACAAUAUUGGAAGCACAUCUCUUACUGAACCAGAAAUGGUGAACAAUAUACGUAGUCAAACUUCGACAAUUGCAUCAAAAUUUGUUGACUUCAAUGUAGAUGUGGAUCCAUAUGGAACAUUUUCUUUUUACUUUGAGUCGGUUGGAGUUAGGAAUUUCAUGCUCUACAAGAAGCCCAAGAUAGAGAAUGAUGCUGCCAUUGAUGAUGAAAAGUAG